GACCACAAAGCACUGCAUCUUGCAUGCUUUUGAACAAGGAGUACCAAUUUAGCUAAGCCAAAAUAAAAAAGGAAUAUUUGGACCAUAGAUUUGUCAACAGUAGACCAGUGGGAGAUUUAGGACAAGAAAUGCACUACUUUCAAUAAACAAGUCCUAAGUGAACAGACAAUGUUUUGAAAUUGAUGAUUUGCAAAACUAUAUGAGGAAGUAGCCAAAAAGCAGCGUGAGUGGAGGAUGAGAUCUGGAGCUUUGGGGAAAACCGAUACUUGAAGUCGUGGAAGAGAAAAAGAGAGAUCCAAAAAUAUCUUUGAAAGCCUCUAAAACCUGUAAGUGCUGAGGGGGCAUACUUCACAUUCCACAAAAAGCAUCCAGAGCCCUGAAAACUUGCUGAGAGUUCACACAAGAGACAACCAUUAAAUCAAGAUGGGUACAAACAAGGAGCCAAGUGCUGAGCAGUCAACUCCACAGAUUGAAGAGGAGAUGGAACAGUCCCCUGAGCAGAACGGUCCAGUUGAGAAUGAACCACAGCAACCAGAGGAUGGUAAGCUACUCAACACUUACAAGUGGCACACCGGGGCCAAGACUGAGACAGUUGCACAGGGGACUAUUGAGAGACUAGAGAAGGGAGCUUCCAACAAAUGGAGUAAAAUGCAGAGUUGGCGCAAAGCUCUGAGUGAAGAAGCUGGGGAAAAGAGCUCGACUGCACAUCGAGGGGCCGAAAGCCCCUCAAAACCAGACAAGCCUACAACUUCAAGGAAAAAUCCUUUCCGCAGAGCUCUUUCUGAGCCACCAGGGUCCCUCCUGUCUUCGGUCUUGCCCUCUCCUUCAGCAUCAGGGUCCACUGUCCAGGACACGACACAGAAGGGUAAAAUAAGAAAGUAUCUACAAACAGUUUCACAGAAGUUCAAGAGGCCUCGUCUGCAGAGUACCCCCAUUGUAGAGCAAGGAGACAAAGACAAGUGCGAGUCUGAGGUCCAAGAGCCUGUUCGGCUCCCCUGGGCCCCCCAACAAGACGUUCCCGUUUGGGAUAUUAGCAACUGUUUUCUACAAGAUGGACAGAUCCUUAUUCCACGUGAGGAAGAGCCUAUGAUGCGGGUACAGAACCGGGCCAGCAGUUGUAUCUCGAGCCUUAGUCUUCAGAACAUCAGUGGAAGUCACCCUGAGUUAAACCCAGAUCCUGUUGUCACGUCAAGUGGUAGCAAAAUAAAAGGGCAAGAUGGCGGUGUCAAAAACUUAAUCAAGCGCCGCUUACAGGGUGAGGAUAGACGAAAAAGCAACACACAGCUUAAUACUGCAGGACUAAGUAAUGCUGGAAGGUAUGGUUCCAAGGAAUCUUUAUCCAUUCCUGUCAGUGCUGCAAAAAGCCUGGAUCUUAGUGCAGACCAGACCACUGUCAUCAGGCCAGUCCAUAGCUCUAUUCUAGGCGAGAAGUACUGUUUUCAGGUCAUAAACUCAGAGAAUAACCACUGUUUUGGGUGCAGUUCAGCUGCAGAAAGAGACCGCUGGAUUGAAGACUUGCGUCGUACUGCUCAUCCAAACAAGGACAACUGUGAGCGCACAGAGAAUUCACUGAGCCUUUGGGUUAAUGAAGCAAAAGACCUUCUGCCGAAGAAGCGGUAUUACUGUGAGCUCCAUCUGGAUAGGACACUGUUUGCUCGCACCAGUAGCCGGGCUGUGGAGAAGUCCACCCAACGCUCCAGCCAAGCAGGUGAUGGAGGAUCUGCAGCAACUGGUGCAGGCCAUGGUGGUGGUGCUGGGGGUGGUUGCCAGCUAUUCUGGGGUGAGUUUUUUGAGCUUGACAACUUGCCCCCUGUCACCCAGAUCACCCUGCACCUCUUUAGAGAUGAGGACUCCAAGAAGAAGCGCCAUUCCAGGGAUGACACCAUAACACAUCCUUUGGGAAGUGUUGCUCUUACUCUGGCAGACAUAAAAGGACGGGCCUAUCAGGAGAAGUGGUAUCCCAUCAUUCCCUAUAAGUCCCCAGGAGCAAGUACAGUGAAGGACCAAGUUGGUUCACAGGCUUUACUUCGUGUCAAGGCCAGAUUCCAGAACUUAAAAGUUCUGCCUAUCGAGAGGUACAAGGAAUUUGCAGAGUAUGUCACAGUGGACUAUGUGGGUAUGUGCAGCAGCCUGGAACCACUCCUUAAUGUACGUGAGAAAGAAGAACUAGCAGGGGCACUUGUUCAUGUGCUUCAGAGCAUUGGGAAAGCCAAGGAGUUCUUAAUUGAUCUCGGCAGUGCAGAAGUUCAGCGCUUGGGAGAAAAUGAGGCUUUGAUUUUCAGAGCGAAUACAUUGGCCACAAAGGCUAUUGAUGAAUACAUGAAAUUAGUGGGCCAGAAGUAUCUCAUUGACACACUUGGGGACUUUAUAGCCAGACUGUACAGUGGAACAGAGAGCUGUGAGGUAGACCCACUGAAAUGUUCUGCCUCUGAUCUACCAAUCAACCAGAGGCAUCUAAAAGAGACAUGUGGGGAGGUUGUAAAGAGAAUCACUGAUAUGCAAGAUUCAUUCCCUGCUGAGCUGAAUGAGAUUUUUUCCAGUUGGGUAACAAAUUGUGAAGAACGAGGUCAGACAGAUAUCGGACACCGUCUCAUAUCAGCAUCACUGUUUCUUCGAUUCCUAUGCCCAGCCAUUCUCAGUCCAUCACUCUUCGGCCUCACCCAACCCUAUCCAGAGCCAAACACCCUUCGCACACUCACUUUGACAGCCAAGGUCAUUCAGAACCUUGCAAACUUCACCUUGUUUGGCGAAAAGGAAGAGUACAUGCUCUUUAUGAAUGAGUUUCUAGAACAACACUGGGACACAAUGCGAGAAUACUUACAGAGGGUAUCUGAUCCAGAGAGUGAAAUGGUCAUGGCUCGAUUUGAUGGCUAUGUAGACCUGCCCCUUCGUCUAGCAGUCCUUCAAAAUCUACUGGUUGAUAUUAUCUCUGCAAUGAAACAGGACACAAUAGACAACUUGCAUCCAUUGCCUUCAAUCCUGAACCAGAUCACAGAAUUCCUGGGCCCAGAUGCUCAACGGAUCCCAGUUAGCAGCAUUCAUGGAACAUCAAAGCCAAUGUAUAUCCCACCAAGAGACCUGCCCAAGUACAGUCCCUUACAUAACUCUAUGCAGCAGCUUCCGAUAGACUCAAAGCCAGGCCUUGGCGUCAAAGAGCGUCAGCGGAAGCAGGUGCAGCGUGCUUUCAGUGUCCCCAACAGACCAGCACGGCAUCAGCGUCAACUAGUAAAGAGGCAGGCAAGCAAUGAAGAGCUCCCUACACAGUCCCAGGACUACAACCAGGAUCAAGGAACUGAUCAGCAAUUGUCAAUUUCAUUACCUUGGAAUAGCAUAAAACACAAAACUCCGCCAGCACCAGUACCCUGGAUUGUAAACAACAACAAGGAGCCAUAUCAAAUGACAGGAAAAGAACAAGAGCAGACAAACUUAUUUGACAGGCAUGCACAAGAGUUGGCUGAGUUGCGUUUAGGUGUGGAGCAGGUUACUGAGCGCGAAUUGGAGAUGGCCAAGCGGUUAGAAGAUUUUAUAGUUCAGAGUCAGGAUCAGAAUGCACAGCUACAAGCAGAGGUCCAGGAACUCCGUAAUCUGUUAGUCAUUCGAGAGGAACAGCUGGCAAGUGCAACUUUCAGACUGGGCGUCAUUGAAGAGGAGAGGGAGGAAGAUGAAAGAAAGUUGAAUGUCGCUGUGGCUGCAGUAGAACGUAUGAAUGUUUUGGAGGAGCAGUUUGCUGGAUUGCUGAAAGACAUGCACCAAUUCAAUGCAGUUAGUGCAGAUGGCAUAAGAAAGGCUUACAUUAACACCUGAUGCAAGACAAAGUAUACUGAGGGUGGUGCUAAUUGCUGCCAUAUUCAUUGCUUUCAGCUUUUCGAUCAUUGGUAACACUGUACCUAGCUAUCAACAAAAAACAUAGGACUACAAUUGUUUGAGUAAUUAAUUUGAUCUAAGCCUCAAGUUUAACAUUAAAUACAAAUCUGCAUAAGAUUUAGUUGUUCUUUUAUAGACAUGCAUAAGAAUUUUUGUAACUGUGUUUUGUACUUUUUUUGUAUUUUCUCAAUUAAAAUGUGUUGUUUACACAA